CAGAAAUUGAUUGACAAGCGAAAUUACUCUUGGAAUUCUGUCCUUCAAUGUCUUGUCACGUGCGUCGGAUCAUGAAACGGGACAAAAAGGGGACCAUUGCGCAGCGUAGGCUACUUUUGACAGCUCUGUUUAUCUUUUCCGACCAUGACGACCAACACUGAACCUGAUAUUGAUACGCUUAUGAGAGAAGGCGACGAUGCGUAUGCGUCGGGUCACUAUGAAACCAGCGUCGACAGAUAUAGUCGAGCUUCUCAGCUUUUAGACGAAAAGAAUGGCGAAGGCAUGUUGGAGAAUGCGGCUGCUUACUUUGGUUACGGACGGAGUCUUCUCCAAUGCGCCAUUUUGAACAACACGGUUCUUGGUGAUUCAGGUCGUGCUGCGGAAUCUCGAGUAGUGCCCGAACCAUCAGUGUCGAGCAACCCUCGUAUCCAGUUUGACGAUGAAGCAGCUGAUGUGGCCAAUGACGCCCAGGAAGAGGAAGGCGACGAAGACGAAGGAUCAGACGAUGAAGAAGAUGAUUUCGAGACAGCUUGGACCAUGCUGGAUCUCGCUCGAGUGGCCUUGGAAAAGGGCGAAGACAAAAAGUCGAAGCUUAUGCUGGCUGAUGUUCAUAUGGGUUUGGGUGAUAUUUGCUUGGAAACAGAGAAAUUUGACGCUGCCUUGACGGAUUACGCUCGAGCCAUUGAACUUAAGCAAGAAAAUCUCGAAUCCGACGACAGGCAAUUGGCAGAAGCUCAUUACAAGUACGCGCUUGCAUUAGAAUAUUCCUCAGACAAGUCUCAUCUCGCGGUUGAUGAAAUCAAAAAGGCUACGGCUGUGUUAAGGAACCGCCUCGAAAAGUUGCAACAAGCUGCAUCAGAGGAAAGCAAUGGAAACGAGAUCAAAGACAUCGAAGCGCUAAUUCCCGAUAUGGAAGCCAAGAUGGAAGAAUUGAUCAGCCUACAAAAAACGGAAAGAGAAGCUGAAGCUUUACUUAAAAGCAUGUUUGCUUCCGCCGGCACCGACCCCGAAAAGGUGAUUAACACAACCAACGUCAAUGAUUUGACGUCCUUGGUCAAGAAACGCAAAGCGCCUGAUGCCGCCGCCUCAGGAUCUAGCGGAUCAGCAUCAGAAGCAAAGAAGGCCAAGACAGAAGAUGGAAAAGAUAACUAGUUCUAUGAUGAAAUAAAAAAGGAACUACUGUGUAUAUCAGGAUCGUUUAUCC